AUGCGAAGGGCUUCAAGCGUCCCGACCCUAAAGCGUUCUCUCCCUCCAAGGCCAUCCUGCACUCCGACUCCAAGCACCCCAACCCGUUCCUGCCGCGCAAGAACUUCCGCACCGGCGGAGCUGGUGAAGCUGGCGAUCAAAUACAACGUUGAGGCAUUGUUGCCGCCUGGCCGCAAGUCGACGGAGUUCAAGGAGACGAGACGUGCGGAGCGUGGUUUGGCUAUCAAGGGUACUGGUAUCGGACAGAAGGUCAAGGGUCACAAGUGGGAGAGGACAAUGGAGGCUCGUCUGGAGGACAGACGCAAGGCUAUGAUGGAGAUGCCGGAGAUGAUCCGUUUGUGGAAGCAGGUUAGUUUUCCCUCUCUAUUCCUUUCCUUUGUUCGGUAUGCAGGAUGGUGCACUGACUUGAUAUCACUUAACUCUACAGAGAGGUCACGGUCGUGGCUGGAAGUCGUGGCCCAAGCGGUAAAGGCUUACGCUUCUGGAUGUAUUAUCUUCUUUUAUUCGCCUCGGGUGGAAUGGAUCCGAGGUUUGCAUAAUGUCGCAUCUGUCCUAUUUUAUACAUCUCGUCGAGCUGCGGCCAACCAACCGUCCAUCCAGCUCGGGGAGAGUUUCGAUUGA